AUGAAAAAAAAUACCAAAAUAAAAUCAUUAAACGUCGUCACUGAAAUGUCUGCUGAGACUGAAACAGGACCUGUUGUAAAGGAUAAUAAUGGUCAAAUUAUUCUUAAAAUUCAUGCUACACCAGGAGCAAAAAAAAAUACUAUUUUAGAGAUUGGUGAUGAAGAAAUACGUACACAUAUAAGUUGCCCUCCCGUUGAUGGGAAGGCUAAUGCAGAGCUUUUAUCCUUUUUUCAAAAUAUUUUGGAUUUAAAAAAAAAUGAAAUAUCUAUUGGAAAAGGUUUAAAAUCAAGAAAUAAAAUGUUGAUUAUUAAUUCUCCUAAGUAUAAUGUUAAAUCUAGAAUGAGUAAUAGUUAUACAACUCCUUGGGGUGCAGCAACUAAUUUAGUUGAAAAAUUAAAAAUUGGUGAUCUUGUUGAGUUUCAAAGAACUGCUAAAUGUGGUAUUAAAAUUUAUUCUCACUGGGGUAUUUAUAUUGGAAGUAGGAAUGGUAUACAUGGAAUUGCACAUUUAACAAAUGGUGAAAAUAAUGAUAAGGUUUUGGAGAGGACUACAUUUUUAACUAUUUCUGGAGUAAAUGUAGAACAUCAAACAGCAUUAGUACGAGUUGAUGAUAUAUUUGAUGUUGCUUUUAAUGAUAGAUGUAGAAUCAAUAAUUCUUUGGAUAGAUACUAUAAACCACUUCCAGGAAAGGUUAUUUAUUUACGUGUAAAAUAUAGAAUGGGUGAUUGUGGAUAUAAUUUAUUUAAUAAUAAUUGUGAACAUUUUGUUAAUUGGGCAAGAUAUAAUUUAUCAACAAGUACUCAAGCAAAAAUUGGAAAAGCUAUUGUAUAUGGUGUUGCUGUUUUUACUGUUUCAUCAUGUCCAGUAACUGCUUUAUGUGCUGGUGGAUUAAGUUAUUUGGGAUUGGAGGGAUAUGAUGUGGUAAGAAAAGUUUUUCCUGUUGAUGCUUGUUUUAAAUAUUUUCUUGAUAGUAGAUAA